AUGUAUCUUCAAAAGGUCAUGUACCUUCAAAAGAUCAUGUACCUUCAAAAGGUUGUGGUCUUAUCUCAAAGGGGUUUCCAAAAGAAAAGUGGCAUUGAUACAUACCUUGAAGUUGGUAGUCACUAUCCUGGUUCUAACAAUCCCCGGGUACACAGGACCUUCAGUUCCAAAGCCUAUGUUUAUAUUCACACCUUUGCAGGAAUCCCAUUUCCAAGUAGUCGUAUUUACUCCAAAGAGCUUGGAAUUCAUAUGAGAAUCUGUAGUGAAGGUCAUGAUUAUGGAGGGUUCUCUUAUGUAUCCAAAAUUGAAAUACCUUUCAUCAUUGUAGACCUUGCCAAUCUUCGAACAAUUAGCAUUGAUAUUGAUAACAACAGUACUUGGGUCGAGGCUGGCACAACAAUUGGUGAAGUCUUCUACAUAAUUGCUGAGAAAAGCAAUAUGCAUGCCUUUCCUACUGGUUCUUGCACAAGCUUAAACAUUGGUGGGCUCAUCAGUUGA